AUGACGGGGAGGGAAGCAAACCCCACGUCUUUACGCGGAGUUUGUAUACUUCCAGACGAUGUCCUCCUAACGAUCUUUUUGGAGUUCCGAGAACCAAUUGACGUUAGAUCUGGGGAGAAUUGGCUAUGCGCGACCACCAUUUCUCACGUUUGCCGUGAAUGGCGUGGACUGAUUAUCAACACACCCACGUUCUGGACAAAAAUACGCCUCAUACCGUCGCCGUCGCGAAUGCAACGGGCUAAGGCUUACAUCAAACGAUCCAAAGAUUGCCCUCUCAACGUCUACGUGGCCUGUGAUAAAUCUUUUGAUAAUCUAAACGAAGAGGACGGCGUAGAUUUUAUGAUCCUCAUUCAAGACUGUGUUUCGAGGUGGCGGACCGUGUGUUUCGAAGCCGGCGCACACCGUUGGAUGGAGUUUCUCAUUGCGAUAAUGCCUCAAAGAGUGGAGUGGGUGCAUAAUAUCGAGUCUUUGGAGCUCAUCCAACGUGAUUACUCGCCUACGACGCAUGAAAAAUAUCCUCGGCUUCACACUCUUUUGAAGGAGUCCGCCCCACUCGCUCUAAAAAAUCUCAGAAUACGACGCGUUCCGUUUCCUUGGACGACUCUUCAAGGCAUCAAGAACCUUACAUGCCUUGACAUCCGGCAUCUUGCCACCGAAUUGCCCUACCUCACAUUUCGUGAUGUCCUGCUGACGAGUCAAGGCCUCCAGCAACUUUUAAUCAGAGAAGUCGCACUUAUCAUUGAAGAUGACGCCGACUACCCAACCACCAUUCUCCCUUCACUGCAGAGUCUCGAAAUUUCACCUUUUGAUGAAUUCUGCACCGCUCGUCUUUGUAGCCUCCUGUCUACUCCGAAGUUGCAGAGCCUAUUCGUUUCAAACAUCGGUGAACUUUGCAGCUUCACGGAAGAGUGUUUACAAACUUCCCUUCCAAAAUACCCCGCAGUGACCUCUCUGAAAAUAAGUGACGUGAGUUUGGGAGAUCGUAUUCCCGAAGAAUUUUACACGUCCUUCCCCAUGCUCAAACAUUUUACACUACUCGAGUGGUCGGGGUGGUAUGAUGACAUCUUCGGACGACUCAACACCAACGGUUUCGACCCUCCUACCUGUCCUGACGUUCAACCCCAGCAAUUACCCUUGGCUUGGCCUCAACUGGAAAGCAUAACGCUCAACAUCCCAUUAUGGCCACCAGAGAACAAUUCCCUUACUAGAGCCAUAGCGAGUCGCUUCGCAGCAACUGGAAGCGAAAUCAAGUAUUCGGAGGAGGGUGUGGAGGAAGACAGUGACAGCUCGGAUGAAGAGUACAGAAACGAGAGCGAGCACGAUGAUACCUAA